CGACUUCCGGCAGCGACUCCCUCCCCCUCAGGCGAAUGAUUCUUCCGGCGGAAGAGCUAGCUGUGUGUUGUCGGAGUACAAAUCCUGGACCAGAAACUGCCAGACUGCAUCAGUUUAUUCACUGGUGAUAAAUAGAAAGUAGAAAGUAGGGGUUGAGUCGGGGAAGAUGAGCCGGUGGGUACGUUCAGACACCUGUGCAUCUGAGCAUUGAUUUGUCAUGUGACCAAACAAUCAGGAGGACGUGCACAGCAUAUCCAGCUGUCUGUAAAUGAGAGAAACACAAGAGAAAAGUGGAAAGCGAUCAUGCCACGGAACUAUAUUCGUAAAACGGACUGGGGAUCAGUGACCUAUGAGGAGCUGGAGAAAGCGUUCGUCGAAGUGAAGCGUGGGAAAUCUAUCAGAACAGUGGCAAAAGAAAGAAAGAUCGGCAGAUCCACCCUGCAGCGCUACAUGAAGAAGGCAGAAGAAAAAAGAGAGAAAAGCGUCGGCUACAGAGGAACGGCUGAAGCCAGGAGGAUCUUGUCUGAGGAGUUAGAGGAGGAGCUCGCAGAAAACAUCCGCAUGCUGGCUGAAGGCGUGCACGGCCUCACGCCAAAGAGAUGCAGAGAAAUCGCUUUUGAAUUUGCACAGAAGAACAACAUUCCCGUCCCCAACAACUGGGGAGAGCAGAGGUUAGCAGGUCGAGAUUGGCUCAGUAGUUUCAUAGCCCGCCACAAUCUCUACGGCCACAUAACUGAAGCAGCAUCUUUGGGAAGCUACGGACAGAUCAUCAGUUUCAGUCUCAUCAACCAGGACGAAAUCAAGAAAGAAAUCAAAGAGGAGCGUGAUGUUCCUGUCCCGAUUCAUCACGCUUCAGAGGAGGACAGCGCUCAGAUUUGUGAUUCAGACCGAGACCUGUUAGAUACUGACUUAUUUCUGACAUGAUGUUAUAUGAUGAAGCACAACGUAAACAAAAAUAAAUUUUGAUGCUUAAUCGUGUUUCCUGUUAGUUUAGGAAUAUCUUUAACAAAAGAAGUACUGAGGUCACACAUUAUUAUUAAAAAUUCUGUUCAUGCUGUUACUUAUAUAAAUAAUCAUGUUUUUUUUUUCUCAAGAUAAUGCAACAAAAUUGCUUCAGUUAAAAUGUGUAUUCAUGUAUGUAUUUAUUUAUUUGUAUAUUCCCGUAGCUUAACUAGUAGAGCAUGGCACUUGCAACGCCAAGGUUAUGGAUAAAC